GAAUGUGGGUUGAUUGUGCGGAUUGUGGAGCUGUUUAUUUUAGGGUGUGGGCACCAUGUAUUUGGGACUGAUUUUGAUGGUAGUUGGUGCUCGGGGGUGAGUGAUGAGCUUGGUCGUGAUUAUAGGAUCCUUUUUGGACAGGGUCUAGAGAGACAGUGGCAGACUUGGGUUUGUGAGUUGUGUAGUUUGAGUGAAGUUUUUUAUCGAUUGUACGCAUCGUUGGGGAGAUCAUGGCGAAGUUUGUGGUAGAUGGUGAGUGAGAAUUUGUUUUGAGGUCCUCCAAUAGUGCCGAACAUUGGUUUCUUUUGGAGGAUUACCCAAAUGGAGAGUUGAAGAGAAAGGGGAUUCAACGCAAAGUGCACGCUUGUGGUUACUUGGUAUUCUACACUUGUUUGAAUACUCGGAGUGGAAGUUUUGUUCAUGCUUUUCAUUGAUUUUCACCUAAAGAACUCCAAAAUGCAUUACUGUCCGCACUUGGGAUACGGGAUCAAGCCGGGAAUAUUGGCAUAAUUGGGGAAUUUCAAAGGCAUUGACAGGUUUCUCGAGUAGGAAGAGAUGACGUUGAUCAGAAUGCUGCAGAAGUAGUAAUCAACCAUGAAAUGACAGCAUGGACUGCUCAUUCUCUUCCUUUUGUCCCUCCACUCCGAAGUUAAGGUUAAUUGAGCAUCAAAGUGGCUCAUCCCUCGUCAUAUCCAGCAGUUUAUUAUUGAAGUCGGUGAUUUGGUUCACAUCGCGUUCAAUGCCGUUUGUUACCGCUGUUCAGACACGGGCUAUAAUCCUCUAAACCCUGAGCUGUGACUUAGACACAGCUAGGGUGAUGGGGACUGGAAACGGCCUUGAGAGUGAGUGGCUUGAAGAGGACGUCACCGUGGACGAGAAUGAAGCAACGCAGGCUGUACAAGUUGCUUUAAACAUUCGACCUCUCAUUCCACUAGAGCGUGUUCAAGGCUGCAAGGAGUGUAUAUCAGUUGUUCCUGGUGAACCACAGGUUCAAAUCGGUCAUCACUCUUUCACCUUCGACUACAUUUUUGGUAGUUCUGAUACACCGUCUUCAGCAAUCUUUGACAAGUGUGUGAAACCGCUGGUUGAGGGGUUAUUUCACGGCUACAAUGCCACCGUCCUGGCAUAUGGGCAGACAGGAUCUGGGAAAACUUACACCAUGGGAACUGGCUACACAGUUGGAGGCAGCACUGAUGGGGUCAUACCACAAGUUAUGCAGACAAUUUUUAAGAGAAUUGAAACUCUCAAGCACAAGGCUGAUUUUCAGCUUAGGGUUUCAUUUAUCGAGAUACUCAAGGAGGAAAUUCACGAUCUUCUGGAUCCAAAUCCUCCAUCAACAGAGUACAUAUUUGGGGGAGGGUUAAAAGCAUUAGCUGUAGGCAAACCACCCAUUCAAAUUCGGGAGACCACUGCUGGAGGAAUCACCUUGAUGGGCGUGACAGAAGCUGAUGUGAAGAGUCUGGAAGAAAUGGCGGCUUACUUAGAGCAUGGCUCUCUUAGUCGUGCAACUGGAAGCACGAACAUGAAUUCCCAUUCUAGUCGGUCGCAUGCGAUAUUCACUAUCACACUAGAGCAGCGACGAAAAUGGGAUCCGCUUCCUGAUGGCGGAAAUCCUUCACCUGAGGAUUGUAACGAAGAUUAUUUAUGUGCGAAGUUACAUCUCGUAGAUUUAGCUGGUUCUGAAAGAGCAAAGCGAACAGGGGCUGAUGGUCUUCGUUUCAAAGAAGGUAUUCACAUAAACAGAGGCCUUUUAGCACUUGGAAACGUGAUCAGUGCACUAGGUGAUGAGAGAAAGCGAAGAGAAGGAGGUCAUGUUCCUUAUAGAGACAGCAAGUUAACUCGAUUACUUCAGGAUUCUCUUGGGGGAAAUAGUAGAACGGUCAUGAUUGCCUGCGUAAGUCCAGCAGAUGUAAAUGCUGAAGAGUCGAUCAAUACCCUCAAGUAUGCUAAUAGGGCUCGUAACAUUCGAAAUAAGCCUACAGUCAAUCGUGAUCCACUUGCAGCUGAGAUGCAGCGAAUGCGACAGCAACUUGAGCUUAUGCAGGCUGAGCUUGUAUGUGCAAGGGCAGGAGGUCCUUCAAACGCCGAAGUCCAGAUGUUGAAGCAAAAGGUUGCCUGGCUUGAAGCUAGCAACAUGGAACUGGGGCGUGAGUUGGAAGAGGCGCGCGAUCGCAUUGAUAUACUUUCUCAGUGCGCCCUAGAAUCACAAGUAGAGCGUGACAAGCUUAGGAUAAAGCUCGACCAACUUCGAACUGGAAAAACUUAUGAGGAUAUCGAUGAAGGACAACAUGUGCAGACGGAUAAUCUGCUGAAAGAGUACGUAGUUAGGAUACAGGAAUUAGAAUGUGAGCUACAACAACUGCAGCACGCUAGAGCUCCGUCAGACACCUCCUCUAAGGCUCCUUCCUCUACAUCAUCCAGGAGCAGAGGAGAGAGUACAGCUGGACCAGGUUUCGGUGUUGCAGGCAUUGAUGGGGAUAUUUAUCUACGAACUGGUGAAUUUUCGGGGGAAAUUGAUACUGAGUUGUUGUUGAAAGAGUUUAAACGCACAUCGGUGCAAGAUAAUUUUGACAAAGAGUUACGGGAAAUAGACAAACGUCUUGAGCAAAAAGAGGCGGAGAUUAAGUUAUUCGUUCGACCUGACGCAGUGUACCUGAAGGAACACUUCGAAAAGAAAUUGGUGGAACUUAAAGAGGAAAAGAAGUAUCUGCAGAAAUUGAAACAACUAAAGGUCCAGAUCGCAGCCUUGAAAAGUAAGCAAGAAGUCUGGUCUCAGUGCCUUGGUCAUCAGCAAUUUAUCGAUGGAGAUGCCAAGUUGAAGACGGAAAAGGCGUAUGUGCAGCACGAGGUCGAAGAUGAACCUCGAGAUUUGCAAAUGUGGAGGAUCACCACAGGACUGAGGGGCUUUUUUCAGAAGCAACCGUUCAUCAAGCUGUGUCUUCUUCCCGCAAGCCUUGCCUGUUGCAGCCUUUUCUGGUUUAGGAUGCAGUACAGUCAGAAGAGUAGAACCAGUAGAGGACACUCGUCUGGCUCUGUAAACAAUAGAGCGUCCAGGAGUAGACUGCAGCCAGCCCAGAGUCAUAUGACACCAGUAUGAAUUCUUAAGAAAAUUCAGCUUUGCAGUUUCCUAUUACUCUUCUGUAAUGGCUGCGUGGAAUCGAUCAUCUAUUUUCUACUGAAGUCUCUACUUGGUGGGCCUUAGUACACAUA